AUGUCUGUCACCAUAUGCCAGUCCAUGGGCUUCGUGGUAUCAGCCUUAGGAGUAGGAGGAAUCAUUGCAUCGACAUGCAUGGAUCAGUGGAGCACCCAGGACCUGUACAACAACCCGGUGACGGCGGUGUUCAACUACCAGGGCCUGUGGCGCACGUGUGUCCGCGAGAGCUCCGGCUUCACUGAGUGCCGCGGUUACUUCACCAUCCUGGGGCUGCCAGCAAUGUUUCAGGCUGUGAGGGCCCUUAUGAUCGUGGGAAUUGUCCUGGGCAUCCUUGGCCUCUUUGUGUGCAUUUUUGCUAUGAAGUGCAUCCGAAUUGGCACCAUGGAGGAUUCUGCAAAAGCCAAUAUGACUCUGACCUCUGGCAUCAUGUUUAUUAUUGCUGGUCUGUGUGCCAUCACUGGAGUGUCUGUGUUUGCAAACAUGCUGGUCACAAACUUCUGGAUGUCCACAACCAACAUGUACCAGGGAAUGCAGAAUGUCCAGAAUAGGUACACCUUUGGCUCAGCCCUCUUUGUUGGCUGGGUGGCGGGCGGCUUGGCCCUCGUAGGAGGAAUCAUGAUGUGCCUUGCUUGCAAAGGAAUGAUUCCAGAAGAAUCCCGUUACAAGGCGGUGUCCUACAACGCGUCAGGACGGAACAUCUCCUACAGAACAGGACCGUACAAAGCUGGCUCAGGGUACGAGCCUGACACGAAGACUAGGAAGGGUCCAGGGUAUGAAGAAGCUCCUCGGAGCGAGGAUGCAGGACGCUCCUACCCUUCAAAAUACGACUACGUCUAG